AUGGCUGGAAAACGUAAAGUCGAGCCUACUUCUCCUCCAAAGAAGCCGAAGAAGCCCAGAGUUGUCAUUCCAGACUAUCAUCUCACUCCUCAAGUGCGCGAUUCGGAGACCGGCGAAGCCAUCUGGCCAGCCCCACAGACCCAGAUUGACCGCGCGAAGAUGUAUAGCUUCAAGGCUCGGAAACGCACGCUUAUCGUACCAGACAAAGAUGCGGAUGGACUGACCUCAGGCGUCAUCCUCCACCGCACUCUCACGCAUCUAGGCCUACCACCAGAGCUCAUCAGCGUGCAUCUCGUUGGAAAAGGGAGCAAUGUGCACGAAGAGGUCGAACGGGUCACCAUGGCGUCCUAUAAUCCGGCUUUCAUCUUCGUCUUAGACCAAGGAUCUCGCAAAGCCCCUCCUAUCAUCGACGCCGAGCACCGUGGCCUAAUAAUUGACCACCACUUCGCCGAGGCUGGAGGCUUCCCGGAAAACGCUGUAGUCAUCAACGCAUGUGACUGUCCUCCGGUUGUCACCACCUCACUCCUAACCUAUUUCCUUUGCACACAGCUUCAUCCGGAACUAGGCGCUCAUCUCGACUGGCUAUGCGCAGUCGGGACCCAUGGCGACUUAGGCAACAACCUGAAGUGGAAGGAACCCUUCCCGAAUAUGAACGAUAUGUUCAAUUUCCAUUCCCGCAAAGCCAUCAACGAAUGCGUUUCAAUGAUCAACGCCCCUCGCCGCGCCGCCUCUUACGAUGUCAAGUCCGCAUGGGAGACGCUCCUAGCAGCCAAAACACCAAGCGUAAUCGUGAAUAACCCAACACUCAAGGCCGCUAGGUUGGAAGUCAAUCAAGAGGUGGAGAAGUGGGCUCACACGGCACCGAAGUUCUCCCUCGACGGUAAGAUCUGCGUUCUCCGUAUCAACAGCAAAGCGCAGAUCCACCCUGUCAUCGCCACACGCUGGGCUGGAUAUCUCAAAAGCGAGAAGCUAGAGAUCGUCAUGUGCGCGAAUGAGGGCUAUCUCCCUGACCGUGUUAACUUCUCGUGUCGUGUUGCGAAGAGCGCUAAAGCGCGUGAUGAACCGGUCAACAUCAUCCGGACACUUAGAAGUUUUGCGGAGUCCAGUGAGGCACCGGACGCACUGAAGGACAGACUCGGGGAGAGCUAUGCUAGGGGCCAUAAGGAGGCUAGUGGGGGAGUUGUGGGGAAGAAGGAAUUUGAGGAGCUGAUGGAGGUCAUGAGGAUUGGUGAGAAGCCCCCCAAGGCCAAGCCUUACAAGGGUCCGAAAGGAAUCAGUCCGAACCAGACGAAUCUCUUGAAUUUCUUUAAGAAACACUAAAGAGUGCGGGGAAUAUUGAGGACCGGGUUUAGCGUGGAGAGGAACUGGGAAUGGAUCCGGGAAACGGAUUGGGAUAGGGGCGGCGUUCCGGUUGUUUUUGGGGAAGGACGGGGCCAAAUUGGUGCCUGCUGAAUGGGUUGAAUAGGUAAUUGGGCCUGGGAGUAACUAGUUACUGGUGGAUUGCCCCACUGGGAUUGAGAAAGUCUUAAUUAGCAUUCUUCAAUUCGGAAGGCUCUGGCGUCUCCACAAAAAUCGAAG